AUGGAUGCCAAACUACCAACAGCUGUUCCUCAUCCAUUCUCACCAGAUGACCCAACUCUAAGUGCUGAAGAGCAAGCCAAUACUCUCAUCUCUCAGAGAAAAUUCCAUCGCUUAUUCACUCUCCCAGCAACGAAUAAUCAUGAAGCUUUGAAGGUCUCGUAUGGGUUUGCCGGGCCGGAAAUUGAAGCGGAUGCACCCACGAUCUUGUAUUGUGGAGGGAUGUUUGCAACACGAUAUCUUGGCGUCACACAGGAUUGGAUUGCAACUCAGAAGGGGGUAAGGAUAUUGAUGAUUGACAGACCAGGCUUCGGAGGCUCUACGCCUGUCCCAAUUUCGCAAAGACUCUCGAUCUUUCUCGAGACAGUCAUUGCUUUGCUAGCUCAUUUGAAAAUCCAACACAUCGCACUGGCGUCACAGAGCGCCGGAACCAUCUAUGCCUUGAACCUCAUCGCCCACCACCACGACUUGCUCUAUCCAGCAAACCCGAUCCUCACACUCUUCUCACCAUGGGUACAUCAAUCAAUAUCUGGCAGCACUUCGCUUAAAUUGGCUGCUGCAUUACCCGACCCUCUCAUCAACAACUGGAAUAGCAUCAUUAGCGGCAUAGUCACCAUGGGUAUCCCAUCGUUCCAAGCAAGCUCUACUGUCUUCGACAACAUCACGAAUCUCUUCAAAGGUAGCCGACAAGAGAUGAGAUCACGAGAGAGUGAAGAGAAGCUGACCAGAGAAUGUUACGGAGUCAGCUCCGCCGUUCAAGCUGAAGUCGCGAAAAAUUUGGGCAAGUUUCUUUUUGCAGAAAACACAUCAGGUGGUAAUGACGAGGCGAGAUUCUGUCUGAAGAGCUUACCAGGCACUGGUUGGGACAAAUGUGAGGUCUAUCCGACAUUCGUCCUGAAGCUCAAGUUUGACUGGGAGGAGAGGGCGAAAGAAAAUGGGCAGAAAUUGAAGCUUGAUGUUGUGUUUGGAGAGGGAAGUGAUUCCAUGAUAGGCACGACUGGUAUGAAGUAUUUCAAGGAGUGUUUCAAGCAAGAUAAUUGUGGAGAAGGGAUCAAGGUUAAGGUCAGCGAGAUUUCCGGCGCAGGCCACGACACUGUUAUCGAUCCUUGCUUUUCUCCCAUGAGGGAAUUGCUUGAUAAUGUCAGGGCUGGCUGGGAUAAGGCGCGAGCAUGA